AUGCAUGCAAUCACAAUGAUAAGCGAGGACGGCAAGUUUGGGAAACCUGGCCAAGUCUAUUACCCACUAUCUCUCCGCUCAGUACCGAUACCGUCACCUAAGGGGAGUGAACUGCUCAUCAAACUUAGCGCCGCCUCACUUAAUCAUCGCGACCUCUUUCUCCGUAAACAUCUAUAUCCAGGGGCCUGUUUUGAAACUCCCAUAUUGAGCGAUGGAGUCGGUGUUGUGGCUUCGACGGGACCGGAAGUGCCCCAUGCUCAAUCCUGGAUGAACAAACGGGUUGUCCUGAACCCUGCAACAGGUUGGAAAGAUGCUCCCGAGGGGCCCGAGACCGCCACUGGAUUCAAACUUAUGGGUGGUACGAGUCUAUACGAUAAAGGAACGCUACAGGAAUACAUCACGCUAGAUGUGAGUGAAGUUGAAGAAGCACCAGAGCAUCUAUCCGAUGCUGAAGCAGCGGCUCUGCCGUUAGCCGGGCUAACUGCCUGGAGAGCACUCGUGACCAAGGCCGGUGAAGCCAAUUCAAGAACCGGAGCUGCCAUCUUGGUUACCGGUAUUGGUGGAGGAGUGGCGCUGAUGGCAUUGCGGUUUGCGGCGGCCAGGGGGGCAGAUGUAUAUGUAACAAGCUCCAGCGAAGAGAAGAUUAAACAUGCCAUCGAACUGGGUGCUCGUGGCGGAGUGAACUAUAAGGAGGCCGGAUGGGAGAAGAAGCUGAAGGGCAUGUUACCAGACGGGAAGGUUGAAUUUGAUGCUAUUAUCGAUGGCGCCGGCGGAGAGGUGGUUGAAAAAGGGGUGAAGUUGCUCAAGGACGGUGGAAUAAUCUCCAUAUACGGAAUGACGGUUGGCCCGAAGAUGACAUGGUUGAUGCAAGCUGUGAUUAAAAACAUUGACCUCAGGGGCACCACGAUGGGUUCAAGAAAGGAGUUCAAAGACAUGGUGGACUUCGUCAAAGAGCAUAAAAUUAAGCCACUUGUGUGGAAGGUUGUCCAGGGUAUCGACAACCUGGAUGCGAUCAACGGCUUGUUCGAUGACAUGCAAAAGGGGGACCAGUUUGGUAAACUGGUGAUCGAAUUCGGUGACUCGAACGGGAGCAAGCUGUAA